UGUGUGUGUGUGUGUGUGUGUGUGUUCUCUCUCUUCUCUUCUCUCUUCUUGUCGUUGUCUCCCGCUUCUGGGAGCGGCGUGGCCCGAUAGGGUAGCUGUACAUAGUAGUAGUAGUAGUGUGUGAGCGCACAUGUGUGUGUGUAUGCGUAUGUGUGUGUGAGACAGUGUGUGGUGUACAUACAUGCAUGUGCACGUGUCAGCAUUGUUACCGCACCGGUACAUAUCUUCACGUCCAAUGCAUCUCGGCUUUUUUCGGUUUUUUAUAUACUAGUAUUUUGCAUGCGGACAUGCAUGAACCUAGCUGUGCACUUACUAAGAUGUAGCUACAGUGCAGUGCACAGUGGGAUAAACUGUACUUUACCUGAACACCGCAGUUGUGGCAAGCACAAUCUGUCUUGAUCGUCAGCACCUUCCUCUAUAGUAUCUCCAGUGCAUUCCAGUCCAUGGCGGCUGCACACGGUCCAGCAUGCACCUCAUGCUGACCAGGCAGGUGUUCGUGGCGGUGUGCAUGUCCUGGGGGAUAGCUUGCAGGACCUACUCACUCUCCCUUUGCACAGCUCUGCCAGUCACUCACACAACCCCUGUCUAUAUAUUAUGCAUGUGCACAUAUGUACAUGUACAUGCACCCUUUCCAUGCACAUCGUGUAUUGUACUAGGCAGACUGCUGCGUUGUGAGGUCUGUCUCCCGUGUUACUGUCUCCAUCUGCUUGGCCUUUGAUUUCCUCUGGAUGGGAAGACGGCGGUGAGAGGCUUGGAAGUCUUACCCUCCGCCUCUGCCUCUGGAUGACCUGUGUGCCGGUGGUGGUCUGUGUGUGUGUGUGUGUGUGUGUCCCAUAUGGUGCAGUGGUAUGUGCAGCGAUUUCCAAUCGAUAGGUUGCGGGUUCGAUUCCCGACGAUUAUGGUCACACACGUCUUUCUUCUCUUUCUCAGACUCUUCCUGACUUUUCUUUCAUUCUCCUGGGUGGUUACCAACAGCCAGUGCAUGCCGGAGUAUGUGGUGUGAUGUGUGUGCGGGAAAAAAGAAGAAAAAAAGACCAAAAAGUAGGGAUUCACUGGCCAGAAAAAAGCCACUUCAAAGCUGUGUGGUGUAGACCAGGCUGAAUAGUGGUGGUCAAUUCUUCAGCCUUGCAAGCUGUUGAAUGGUGCAAUCCCAGCACAAGUUGCUAUGGCUUCUGCUGUAGCAUCGCUAUCAUCGCCUCUGGCGAUGGGCGUCCAAUGGUCAAUGGUGUGUGUGUGUGUGUGUGUGUGUGUGUGUGUGUGUGUGUGUGUGUGUGUGUGUGUGUGUGUGUGUGUGUGUAUGUGUGCCUGAGUCACCGGUUACAAACAAUAUGUCCUGCGAACGCUGCAGCUUCCACUGCGCCCGCUGCAACCGCUGUGUGCUAUCGCGCCAAGGCAUGAAACGUCACAAGUGCAGCCGUGGCUCGGCCAGAGCAACCAACACAGACCGUAGCUCCUUCUGCUUCGUUUGCAAUUGCGGUCGGCGUUUCAGUAGACCACAGGACCUAUCCCGUCAUCGCCCCUACUGUUCCGAACCUGCUCAACCCCCAUGGGGUCCGCAUAGCCAGAAUAUGGCAGCGCGUCCAAGGUCCAAGGUAUGUGUGUGUGUGUAUGUGUGUGUGUGUGUAUAUGUGUGUAUGUGUCUAUGUCUGUGUGUACUGCAGAAAGCCGGUAUUGGUGGUGUUGUCCAGCGUGGCCACAAUGUCUCCAAGAUAGCCAAGAUGACGCCGGUGGAGAAUCGGCCGCUAACAAUCGAGUUUACUGCAGACAAGGGUGCCGCCAUGAAGUGGAACUUCAAGCCCCUGCAGUCUGAGAUCAAGAUUGUGCCCGGAGAAACAGCACUUGCAUUCUAUCGUGCACGGAACCCGACAGACAAACCCAUCAUUGGCAUAUCUACCUACAAUGUAUUACCUUUCGAGGCUGGACUUUACUUCAACAAGAUCCAGUGCUUUUGCUUUGAGGAGCAACGUCUCAACCCUGGGGAAGAGGUGGACAUGCCGGUUUUCUUCUACGUCGACCCAGACAUUAUGGAGAACCCUCGACUGGCGUUUGAGGACAGAAUUGUACUAUCGUACACUUUCUUCGAAGCCAAGGAGGAAGAGGUUGAUAAGUUUCUCGAGAUUCUCCAAAGAGAACGUGGCGAAGACCUAGAGAAAGCCCGCGGAAUGGCAGCAAAAAGCAACGAAGAUGCAGUGGUGAAAGCAGCACCGGAGCUCGCGCCAAUCAAGCGAUCGAAAGCGAUGGAGCAAAGUCGCAACCACAAACUGGAACGCGCCAUGGCGGGCCUGUCCGCACACCCUGCUGCUAACCCCAAGACGAAAGCAGACACAGCGAAAUAACGCCGUGUAGCGCGCGCAAUCGUGUGUUCUGCUCGUUGCGUGUAUUAUACUAUAGAAGGAGUGGAUCCCUUUGUACAUAUCCAUUCACUGACAUACAACAGUCAAGCCGCUGUUUUAAACCCAUUGUAUAUACAUGUAAGUAGGAUAUACUCAGGACGAGUGCUGUGCACUGUAGAUAACUGGUAUGGCCGUCAUCACAAAUGACCUGAUUCUCAUAAUUAUUUAUAUCGUAUGA